AUGGUCAACGAAUUCCAACACCGCACCUUCACCUGCGCCGCCGAUUGCACCUGCAUGUACAGCACCGAUCUCGCCUCGGAGUGCCAGAUCCGCGGCACCGGCGUGCUUCACGAAUACGGGUACGCGACGGGUCGGACGGGCAAGUGGGUGGGUAUUCUCAUUGGGAUUAUUGCGGUGUAUCGGUUGUUUGGGAAGAGGUUGGGCUGA